AUGUCCCUUAGAGAUCUCAUUCUUCAUUUCUUUAAUUCUUUCUAUCUAUCUGUCUGUCUGUCUCUGUUUAUCUAUCUCAUUCUGUUCAUAUUUAUCUAUCUAUCUAUCUAUCUAUCUAUCUAUCUAUCUAUCUAUCUAUCUAUCUAUCUAUCUCUGUUCAGUAUCUAUCUAUCUAUCUAUCUAUCUAUCUAUCUAUUUCUGUUCAGUAUCUAUCUAUUUAUCUAUCUAUCUAUCUAUCUAUCUCUGUUCAGUAUCUAUCUAUCUCAAUAUAUUCAUUAUCUAUCUCUGUUCCAUAUUUAUCUAUUUAUUUAUCUAUUUGUCUAUCUUUCUAUCUGUGUUAAAUAUCUAUGUAUUUAUCUGUCUGUGUCUCUUUUCAUUAUCUAUUUAACUAUCUAUCUAUUUCAAUCUUAUAUCUAUAUUUAUCUAUCUCAAUCUCUAUAUCUAUAUCUAUAUCUCUCUUCAUUAUCUAUCUAUCUAUCUUUCUCUUUUCAUUAUCUAUCUAUCUCAAUCUGUAUAUCUAUAUCUAUCUAUCUAUCUAUCUAUCUAUCUAUCUAUCUAUCUAUCUAUCUAUCUGUCUGUUAUCCUUCUAUGUGUCUCAUUAUCUAUAUGUCUACCUAUCUAUGCUUUUUUCUUUUUUAUUCCAUUUUCUUGCUAAAUGCUUUUUCCUCUUCUUCAUCCUACUUUUUAUUUUUAUUUUUCCUUUUCUUCUCUUCUUGUUAA